AUGAAGCACAUCCUAGCUCGUGAUCCUGCUCGAGCAUGGAUGGCGAUAGGAACAGCUUCAAAGUUGGAGAUGCUACAAACAGCAACACAACGGGAGAUUCACGACGAUAAAGACCUCAUUUCAAGAUGCCACUGGAGUAUAUUCAUCCUGGAACGACUGUUCUUCCCUCAGCUGGUACAGGGAGUCUCAUCGGGUUCACCUUUCCAGUUUCCGCAGAGCGCCCAUCGACCACCUCCUCUUUCACGCAAUGUGGAAGACAUUGCUCAUCUCGAUGGCUCGGCAACCGACGAUUUCAAGCCCGACGAUCUCGGAAUCAAUGCCUACUACAUCAACGGCUUGUCUGUAUGGGCAGAUAUUUCGCUUUACCUGCACAAACUACGAACCGGGGCCAUUGAGCUCGAGCAGCCGUGGUUGCCCAACUCGACAUUUACCAAGCUCAGCAUGAAGGUGUACGAAUCCGAGUCGAGAAUGUCGGACCUUCACUUACUUCGGUCCGUUCAUUUCCACAAGCGAUCGCCAGCCGAAGUUAAAGAACAGCAAGAGUACUGGCGACCCUGGAUCGUUAUGCAGCUCAUAUUCCAUGCUGCUCCUGCCCUCAUUAACCAUCCCUUUGUCCACCUCUCUGCCACGCGACGAGCACGUUUACCGCAGUCUCGCCAUUUCCUCCAGCAGACAGUUGACAAUGCGCUUUUUCACUCAGGGUGGGUAUUCCGCCUAAUUGAGACGUGCGAGGACCUUUUAUUCGACCUUCACGAUCCACUGAUUGGGCAUGUCGUAGCGGCGACAGCUACCAUAGCAUGGCUUUUUCAAUUUGCUGCGGAUUCUAAUGUUUCUGCACGUGCGAAAAGGGGAUUCAUGCAGUGUGGGAAGCUGUUGAGGAGACUGGCGUUGUUAUGGCCCCAUAUUGCACGAAAGGUCGAGAUUAUCGACGCUUUGCAGGCUAUAGCCGAUGCAGGAGUCCCCGACGGUGAAGACCAAAACAGACAUGUCACUUUGCCACUCCCAGAGCUGUGGGAGUUGCUUGACCCCGAUGCCUUUGAAAUAUCACAUAGCAGCCGUAUCAACUCCAAGAGUAGUGGUGCUAGAGGAGCCGGCGAGCCACGAGAUGCCAGGAUCCGAAUGUCUACCCAUUUUGUCCACCCCCUCGACGAAAACUCUGCAGGGCAACAGUCACGCUUAGAUGGCGCGAGUUUACCGACAAAUUUGUUCACGCCCAGCCAGGAACCAUUCGAGCAGCUCUGCAUGGAUGACUUUUUCUUCCAUUUGCAGCCCGACCAGUUUCAAUGGUGA